AUGGGGGGUACUGUGGAUUUCGUGGUGUCGUCGCUCAUGAUUUUAUCCGGAGUUGGCCAUGUACUGGCAGGAGAUCCCAGCGUGCCUAUAUUCGCUAUGCCCCAGGAGAUCACUCUCGGCUCGGAUAUAAAAGUGACAUGCUUCUCGUCUGGUGCGACCAGUCUGGAGUGGCUCAAAGAUGGAGUGAUCCUCCAUGAUGGUCAACGAGGGAUUGAAAUCACCAAGUUGGGGGGUUUACUGAUUCUAUCAAUCGAUAAGGUUCUGAUCGAGCAUUCUGGGAACUACACAUGUGUCGCUCGUAAUGAUGAAGGCAGCAGUAGUUUCACGAACUCCCUCUCGGUGGCUGCGGGACCUUCCUGGCUGAGGAAGCCCGACGAAAGCGUUGUGGUCAGCGGCAAAACAUUCGUGAAUCUGAGAUGCGAAGCGGAAGGCUCUCCGAAGCCACUCAUAACGUGGCAGAAGGACGGAGAAACCAUUUGGUCCGCUGAAACUCUCCAUCUCAAAGAUGUUGGCAGAAACGACGCCGGUAGUUACGCUUGCAUUGCGCAGAACAUACACGGACUCAUCAGGCAUGGAUUCAGCGUUUCGUUGAACCGUCCACCGAGCGUUUCCCCGUUCGGCUUCCCAGAUCAGAACGGUCUUGGAGGCAAAGUGAACGCUUUCUGUACAUCCAAUGAUCAAAGUAGCCUGAGCUGGAUGAAGGAUGGUCGAGUCAUAGAGAACGGAGACUUGUUCUCCGUGAUCAAGCUCGAUGGAGCACUACGCCUCGUUAUCGGCGAACUGACAGCGGAGCACAGCGGGAACUACACUUGCACCGCCCGUAACGCUCACGGCAGCAGUAGCUACAGUGCAACGCUCUAUGUUGUAUCUCCACCGAUUUGGAGUGAAAUUCUGGAAGAUCGAACCGUGACCCGGCACGGGCCUGUACGGCUCUCAUGUGGAGCCAGUGGUCGCCCCAAGCCAAAUAUAACCUGGAGCAGAGAUGGAGAGCAAGUCCACAGCGGAAGCGUAUACAACUUGCUCGCGAGUAAAGCGACUAGCGGGAUCUAUACGUGCACAGCAUCGAACGAAUACGGCGUCAUAAAACAGAGCACAAAAAUUUCUGUCUCCUGUAUGAUAUGCCAAUUCAAUCAUAAGAGCAAUGUAUCCCCAUCGAUUCGAUGCCACGAAAGGCCCGCCGAGCACCCUUUCACUCACCUUUCAGAACUCCCGAGCGUGCCCACCAUUGCCAUACCCGAGAAAAACUGGGUCGGCUCGGAGGUAAAAAUCACAUGUUUUUCGUCGGGGGCGAGUAGCCUAACGUGGCUCAAAGAUGGCGUCGCGCUCGAGGACGAACGGGAGAAGAUCCGUAUGACGAAAAUGAGUGGCUUACUAGUCCUAUCCAUCGACAAACUUCUUGUAGAGCAUGUGGGAAACUAUACUUGUGCUGCCAGGAACAAGGAGGGUACGAGUGCGUCGAGUGGCGUCUUGAGCGUAUCCGCGCCGCCAACCUGGGUGAAAACGCCCGGAAAUGUCCGUCUCGCGGGGAAAGCCCCGACCAGCGUUAGGUGCAGAGCCGACGGUUAUCCUAAACCAGUGAUAUCGUGGCUGAAGAAUGGAGAGAGAAUCGGUUCCGCUGACACGCUACAUUUCGAGAAAGUGAGCCCGAACGAUGCAGGCUCAUACUCUUGCAUCGCGACCAAUAUCCACGGAGUCUUGAAACAUGAUUUCGACGUCCUCGUAUACCGAAUCCCGCAAAUCGCUCCAUUCAGAUUCUCGCAGAGGAUUGUCGGAAGUUCGGCGAAAGUUGCGUGCGUUGCGGAUGAUGCGACGUCGAUCGUCUGGUCCAGAGACGGUCGACCGCUUCAAGAUGGGAGGAAUGGAAUCACUUUGAAGCAAGUCGACGGCGUCGCGGUGCUCUCCAUUGAAAGAGUGACGCCCGAGCAUUCUGGCAUCUAUACGUGCACGGCCCGGAACGAAGAAGGAAUCUCGACCUUCAGUGAAGCACUAUCCGUGUCUGCGCCGCCUAAGUGGCUGAAAACUCCUGAAGACACAGUCCUAUCAAAGUCACACAACGCAGAACUCGAGUGCGAGGCAUCAGGAUUUCCUGAGCCAAAUAUCACGUGGUCCCAAGCUGGAGAAAUAAUCCAGAGAGGCAAGAGUAUUUCUAUCGGACUUAAAGCGCGAAUGUCACCCGGGAUUUAUACGUGUGAAGCUUUCAAUGAGCACGGCAGCAUCAGACAUUCUUUCGAAAUCACGCUGGUCUCUUCAGGAGCCGAAGUCCGGGUUGUUUGCGUACCUUCAAUCAAGAGCACACUUGUGUGGCUCAAAGACGGACGAGAGCUUCGCGACGGCGACGACGGUGUGGAUAUUCAAGAUAUCCAAGGCAUGCUAGUGCUGAGAAUCGGGAGAGUGUCUCCGAAAAACUCGGGCAACUAUACCUGUAGAGGAACGAGUCCGAGUGGCGUUGGAAGCUUCAGCGCUUUCCUUUCUGUUCCCCACCCACCGCAGUGGACGAACGUGCCUGAAGAACGCGUAAUCGUUCCCAGACGCUCGGAACCCAUAGCGCUAUCAUGCGAGGCAUCCGGAUCACCGCGCCCGGAAAUCUCUUGGAUGAAAGAAGGAGUUCUCGUAGGAUCGGGGAACGAACUGCUGAUUCGAACGAAGAACCGGAACAGUUCCGGUCCUUACGCUUGUCGAGCCGUGAACAACUACGGGAGCAUCGAUCAUCGUUUCACAGUCUCCAUAUUCUGUGAGUGCGCGAAAGGGUCUCCUCGAGCUUGGCUCAUUGCCGAUCUCCCGAUAGUCGGCACUCGGCACCACAUGUCUUUCGAUGAACUCUCGUCGGCACUGAGCCGACUUGUGAUCACCCGAUCACUCCUUAGGUACACUAUCAGUAUGCUGCGUCUAUACCAUCAAUUAAUAUCGAUCUAA